AUGGCAACCUUGUCUAGCCAACCAUCUAAGAAGGCAAUUCGCAACAGCUCCGCCGGAGGGGGUGGGGGUUCUUCUUCUUCUGCCUCCUCUCAGGGCAAUCGCAAUUCAAGUGGACAAACUGUCAAAUUCGCCAGGCGAACUUCAAGUGGUCGUUAUGUGAGCCUUUCUAGGGAAGACCUGGAUAUGUCAGGAGAAUUCUCUGCUGAUUACAUGAACUACACAGUCCACAUUCCCCCUACACCUGACAACCAACCAAUGGACGCAUCAACUACACCGUCAGUGGCUGCAAAAGCUGAGGAGCAAUACGUCUCCAAUUCACUCUUUACUGGGGGUUUCAACAGCGUCACGCGGGCCCACCUAAUGGAUAAGGUCAUAGAGUCAAAAGUAAGCCAUCCUCAAAUGGCAGGAUCCAAAGGCUCGUCCUGCGCCAUGCCUGCUUGCGAUGGCAAGGUUAUGAAGGAUGAAAGAGGAAAUGACAUAACUCCUUGCGAAUGCAGGUUCAAGAUUUGUAGGGAUUGCUACAUGGACGCCCACAAAGAAAGAGGUUUAUGUCCAGGGUGCAAGGAGCCGUACAAAGUUGGGGAUUAUGAAGAUGAGGUACCAGAUUUUUCCAGUGGAGCUUUGUCGCUGCCUGCCCCGGAUGACCCCAAAGCAGAUCGCCGCAUGUCCAUGAUGAAGAGAAAUCAAAACGGAGAGUUCGAUCACAAUAAGUGGCUUUUUGAGACCCAGGGCACGUAUGGUUACGGAAAUGCGUAUUGGCCUCAAGAUGAUGGAUAUGGUGAUGACCAUGGCGAUGGAAUGCAAAGAGGUAUGUUGGAUCCGUCCGACAAACCUUGGAGGCCUCUGAGCCGGAGGUUGCCAAUUCCGCAAGGCAUUAUUAGCCCAUACAGGCUGCUGAUUGCGGUUCGGCUAGUGAUUUUGGCCUUUUUCCUAACCUGGAGGUUGAGACAUCCAAACGACGAAGCCAUCUGGUUGUGGGCGAUGUCCGUCACGUGCGAGGUCUGGUUUGCCUUCUCCUGGAUUUUGGAUCAACUUCCCAAGCUGUGUCCUGUCAACCGCUCUACAGACCUGGAGGUUUUACGCGAUAAAUUUGAUCUGCCGUCGCCCUCCAAUCCUACCGGUCGCUCUGACUUGCCCGGAGUGGACUUAUUUGUCUCCACGGCCGAUCCAGAGAAAGAGCCACCCCUCGUCACCGCCAACACCAUCUUAUCUAUCCUGGCUGCUGAUUACCCUGUGGAGAAAGUUGCCUGUUAUGUUUCAGAUGAUGGCGGUGCUCUCCUCACAUUUGAGGCAAUGGCCGAGGCUGCCAGCUUUGCCGAUUUAUGGGUUCCAUUUUGUAAGAAACACGACAUUGAGCCUAGGAACCCAGAAACCUAUUUCAGCUUGAAGGGUGACCCAACCAAGAACAAGAAGAGAUCCGAUUUUGUCAAGGAUCGGAGAAGGGUUAAGAGGGAAUAUGAUGAGUUGAAGGUAAGGAUCAAUGGAUUGCCCGAUUCCAUAAGGAGAAGAUCCGAUGCCUUCAAUGCCAGAGAGGAAAUGAAGAUGCUAAAGCACUUGAGAGAGGGUGGGGCGGAUCCCCUAGAGCCUGUUAAGGUCCAAAAGGCCACUUGGAUGGCUGAUGGCACCCAUUGGCCUGGUACCUGGGCUGUUCCGAGUAGCGAUCAUGCUAAAGGUGAUCAUGCAGGAAUCUUGCAGGUAAUGCUGAAGCCUCCCAGUAGUGAUCCGCUGAUGGGAGACUCUGAAGGCAAAAUCCUAGAUUUUUCAGACGUGGACAUCCGGUUACCCAUGUUCGUGUAUGUCUCCCGAGAGAAGCGACCGGGGUAUGAUCAUAACAAGAAAGCUGGAGCCAUGAAUGCUUUGGUUCGAGCAUCAGCCAUACUCUCUAAUGGACCAUUCAUUCUCAACCUAGAUUGCGACCACUAUUUCUAUAAUUGCAAGGCUAUUCGGGAGGGGAUGUGCUUCAUGAUGGAUAGGGGAGGUGAAGACAUCUGCUAUAUACAAUUUCCUCAAAGAUUUGAAGGAAUUGAUCCAUCUGAUCGUUAUGCAAAUCACAACACAGUAUUUUUUGAUGGUAAUAUGCGUGCACUCGAUGGCCUACAGGGACCUGUUUAUGUGGGCACCGGUUGCAUGUUUAGGCGGUUCGCACUUUAUGGUUUUGAUCCCCCUCAACAAUUUAGCACGAUGAGCCAAAAGGGUAGUGAGACCCAAGCCCUGAAGGCCACUGACUUCGAUCCUGAUCUUGACGUCAAUUUGUUGCCCAAACGUUUUGGAAAUUCAACAAUGCUUGCUGAAUCUAUACCUGUUGCUGAAUUCCAAGGCCGCCCGAUUGCUGAUCAUCCUGCUGUCAAGUUCGGAAGACCACCUGGUGCUCUCAGAGUUCCCCGUGAACCACUUGAUGCUGCUACUGUGGCUGAAGCUGUAUCUGUAAUUUCUUGUUGGUAUGAAGAUAAGACAGAGUGGGGUGAUCGGGUUGGUUGGAUUUAUGGCUCAGUCACAGAGGAUGUGGUCACAGGCUACCGCAUGCACAACCGCGGUUGGCGCUCCGUCUACUGCAUCACCAAGCGUGAUGCGUUCCGCGGAUCGGCUCCAAUUAAUCUUACAGAUAGGCUCCAUCAGGUCCUCCGCUGGGCUACAGGCUCAGUGGAGAUUUUCUUUUCUAGGAACAAUGCCUUCCUCGCUUCCCGUCGCUUGAAGUUACUCCAGCGCCUAGCUUAUCUCAAUGUCGGCAUCUAUCCUUUCACCUCUCUGUUCCUUAUUGUCUACUGUUUCCUUCCUGCCCUCUCACUCCUUUCCGGACACUUUAUCGUGAAAAACUUAAACGUGGUUUUCUUGGUCUAUUUGCUGAUUAUAACCAUAUGCCUGAUCUCAUUGGCAAUAUUGGAAGUAAAAUGGUCUGGAAUAGGAUUAGAAGAUUGGUGGAGAAACGAGCAGUUCUGGCUCAUCGGUGGAACCAGUGCCCACUUGGCUGCAGUGAUGCAAGGUCUCCUCAAAGUGAUUGCAGGGAUCGAGAUAUCUUUCACACUUACUUCCAAGUCUGCUGGAGAGGACAAUGAUGAUAUCUAUGCAGAUUUGUACUUGGUGAAAUGGACUUCUUUGAUGAUUCCACCUAUUGUGAUCGGGAUGGUGAACAUAAUAGCAAUGAUAGUGGCAUUUUCAAGGACAAUUUAUAGCGCAGAACCCCAGUGGAGCAAGUUCAUUGGCGGAGCCUUCUUCAGCUUUUGGGUUCUAGCUCACUUGUAUCCUUUUGCAAAAGGCUUGAUGGGAAGGAGAAGGAAGACACCCACAAUUGUGUUUGUGUGGUCGGGACUUAUUGCCAUCACGCUCUCACUACUAUGGAUUGCCAUUAAUCCACCUAAGGCUAACACAAAUUCAGGGGGAGGAGGAGGAGGAGGAGGAGGAGGAGGAGGUAGUGGUUUUCAAUUUCCAUGA